AGGGGCGGGGCCAGGCGCAGGCUCUGGCCGGAAGGGCCGGCGGAGGGACGGACGCGGGGGAGAGCAGCAGCCACUGUCUGCACCACCGACGCGGUCGAGGCAGGUCAGGCCACCAUGGAACCUGAGAUGCGCAGCGUGCAGAUUCAGUUCCCCCACUACGCUGCAGUCCUGCUGGAGUCGCUCAAUAAGCACCGCCUGGAGGGGAAGUUCUGCGACAUCUCGAUCCACGUCCAGGGCCGCGUCUUCCAGGCCCACAAGAGCGUGUUGGCCGCCUCCUCACCCUACUUCCACGACAAGCUGUUGCUCAACGACACCAAUUGCAUUGUGCUACCCAGCGUCAUCGAGCCUGAUGCCUUCGAGAACUUGUUACAGCUCAUUUAUUCUGGGCGCCUCAGGUUGCUCCUGGAGGCUCUGCCCAGCCACCUUCUUGUCGCCAGCGGCCUGCAGAUGUGGCAGGUGGUGGACCAAUGCUCGGGCAUCCUCAAGGAGCUGGAGGGGGGGCCCUGCCGGCCCUGGUCAGGCCGAGCCAGUGAAAGCCAGUCCCCCAGCAGUAGCAAUUACUUUGGAUCGCGGGAGGAGGGAGAACCAACGAGUGGAGCAGAAGGGUCCGGCCGUGGCACACAGCGUGGCUGCCCGGACGAUGAGGUGGUGAAGAUCCAGGUACCCCACGAUGAUGACGACGACGAGGAGGAGGAAGAAGAGGAGGAUGAGCGGCAGGCUCCAAUCUGCAGUGGCUCCACUGAUGGGCCAGUGAAGGUCCUCCUGGAUGAAGCCGAAGAGGAGGGUGGCCACGAUGGCUGCUCAAAAGGCCGUGGGGAGUCGAGUUCUGCCCCUCACGAGGCCCCCAAAAUCUUCUACAUCAAGCAGGAACGCUUUGAUGCUGAAGAGGCGGCCACUUCAGUGCUGGCUGGUGGCCCAGGCUCCUCACUGUCGGAGUCCACCUUUCUCAAGUCUUUGGGGCGGCCACUCAGUAUGGCGGAUGUGCCGGGGUUCUGCCAGGGCGAGAUCCAGGAGACUGGAGAGGUCAGCUACAUUCUCCCCAGCGGGGCCUUCUCUUCCGCAGCGGCACCCAGCUUCUCUGUGAAGGCCCAGCCGCUUUCUUCAGACUCGGUGCCUUUCCCAGAGAGCUCGUGGAAGCCUGUGGACCUGCAUGGGAACGAGAUCAUUGCCCAUGCUGUCCACGGGCAGGUGGUGCAUGCGCCAGUUAAGCUGAUGUCGGCACCCGACGGCAAGAAAUUCGGCUGCCUGUGUGGGAAGCGCUUUGCGGUAAAGCCCAAGCGGGACCGGCAUAUCAUGCUGACCUUCAGCCUGCGCCCAUUUGGCUGCUCCGUCUGCAACAAGAAAUUCAAGCUGAAGCACCACCUCACAGAACACAUGAAGACGCACGAUGGCAACCUGUAUGCCUGCGAGGAUUGUGGCCGCAAGUUCCGCGUGCAGAGCUGCUUCCUGAAACACAAGGAACUCUGCAAGGGGCAGGGGUGGGCCACCGCUUGCUGGACUUACAAGUAGAGUGGCGGGAGGGGGUGAGCGUCCAGGCAUCUCCCACGUUGCCUCUGGCCAGGCCUCGGGUGGGGAGCGGAGGGCAGCCCCUCCCGCCUUGCCCUUUUCUCGACUCCUUGAUCCCUGAGAGUGGGCCAGGGACGGAGGAAGGAGAGAAAGUGCUGGUGCAGUCCUCUCGGAGCUGAUCUGCAAAGAGCCCUCACCCCCCAGCACAGCGACUUGUGCAGCUUGGCACGAAGGGGAGGGCAUUUCUUCAGAUGUGUAGUUGGAACAGUGACGGACACACCUGGGGCAGUGCUGGGCAAGGCAGACGUGAGGCUGGGCCAAGAAGACUUGGGGGUAGAGGGAGGGACGAUGAUGGGCAUGCCCAGGCUUGGAAGGAGGGCAGCGGUAGCUCUUGGUCCUGUGUUUCUCUUUCUGGGCAGCUCCCUGGCUGGUGAAUGGCAGCAGCGUUGUGCAGGUGGCAGCAACCAGUGGGCGCCAGGGGGCCACGCCCAGCUCAGCCAUCACCGCUCUCUGCUCCGCCUUCUCGGGGUUUCUGCUCCAGGAUGGCUCCGCCAGCCAUCCUCUGCGGUCCAAACGGUGCGCAGGACUGUUCCUGGUAGAGAAGGGGCGGUUGUGCCGGGGGCAGCAUCUAAGGGCGGCACCUCCCCCCACCCCGUCUCGGGUAUCUUGAGCAAAUUCCGUGCACCUCCCUGAGCAUACGCUGGUGCUGACACCUCCCCC